UUUUAUGUAAAUUGUGCAUUUUUAUUAUUCUGUAGAGGAAAUAACUCUGAUUUUAUUUGACGAACAAAAUACCAAACCGAUAAAAUUCAUAUACUCUCGUAAACAAAUCCUAUUACCUUAAUAAUUUAAUACGUAGAAUUAUAAGAGAAAUUAUUUUAUGUAAGAACAAAAUCAUUUAAUUUUACUUAAAAAAGAAAUUGACCUUUAUCUUUUUGGUUAAUAACUUUAUAACACAAAACAGACGAUACUAAAAGCCUUCGAGAUGUGCGAUUUUAUAUGAUUUUAAUAAAUCUAUUUAAAUCUCUCUCAAUCAACUUUCUUUCUUGAUUGCGUUAUAUUUUAUAAUUUAAAGUACAAAAUUGGAAAGUAUUGAAGAAUUUAAUUUCGGCAUUGCGUGCACUGAAAUGGCUGUUCGAAGGAAUAGACAAGUUUCAUGUUAUGGAUCUAUUUUCUGUGACGGAAGAAAGUGACGUAAACAGAGAAAUUGCGAAAACAUUAAACUAGCGAGAUGUCCAGGCCUCUUGACUAAUCGUCAAGUUUUUCUGCAUACCAUACGGCUCACGUUCAUCGCUACCCUCACCAAUCGUGACAAGCCGGUCCGACUGGUGGUCCCCUACCACCAUGGAUAAAGCCUUCCCGGGUCCUCAAAGAGCCCUACGAGAUCCCACCUCACCCAUCCCUUCUACAUUCCAGCGGGGCACCAUCAUCGGACUCGGUUGAGUUGGCAGGUCUUGAGACAUGGCGAGAGCCAUAGCAUGACAAGAAAAAAUGCACCUGAAAAACAAGUAUAAGAAAGAAAGGUAGCUCACACUCCCUGCAUGCGCGCGUUAUGGCCUGUGCGAUUCGCGGUGGGUCUUGCGAUCUAAAACCGAGGCCCAACUUUUGCCUUCCGUUUCUUUCAAUGAACUUCAACUCCUUUCCCUUCUUUCUAGUUCGUUUUCCUUCUGUUCCGUGAUUUCUAUUUUUCUCCUCUUUUCAAUUCUCUUGUUUCUUUCACAUUUCCCGUAAUCUUUCUCGAUUGAUGAAACAGUAUGGCUGUUUGAGUUCGUGUAAAUCUAGUAAGUAGGCUGCGGUAAAAUGUCACUAGUGGUAUAAGCGUUGACUUUGUUGUUCACGGGUUGGCAGAAGUGUGUUAGGAGCGUGCGUGAGAGAGUAGUAUUAGUAGUUGAAAAAGAAUAUGGCGCCAAAGUAAGACCAUGAGCUCGCCUUGUAAAUUUCAAGCAAAUAAAGAAAGUUUAAACCGCAAUAAGGAGACGUCAUUUAAGUAACAGCAUUUUCCAAGAAACGUCGACAACCAGCGUUCACAGGAGUGAACGCGGCAGUAAAAGAGCAGCAAAAACAUUUGGUCCUUCGAGCCGGAUCCUGGGCGACGAGACCGGGAUCGAAAGGGCGGCAGGUCUGGUUUCAGACCACAAGGAGCAGCCCGACCUUGGAAGCGAGCGAAGCAAGUGUCCUGGAUUGCUGCCAGGGACAAUUCAGAGGCGUCAUAAAUUCGAGUAAGGCAAGCCAGAAAGACGCGGACGAGUACAUGUUACCCGGCGUGGUCGAAGCCAUUAGACUCGGCGCGCGGGAACGUCCAUUUUACCCGGCGUGGUAGAAGCCAUUAUACUCGGCGCGCGGGAACGUCCAUGCUGCCCGGCGCGGUCGAGUACAUUAUACCUGAGGGACGAAUACGUUCGCGCAGACACACGGACGACGCACGGACGACGCCAUCACCACGUGCACGCAGUUUGGCGGCAAGAGCAAUCCGCUGGUGACAACGCAGAGACGACAACAGCAGCGGAAGUAAUCACAAGCGGGCACGAGGGGGAGCAGCAGAGAAAAUCCGUGGAUGACAACGUGAAGACGACAGCAGUACGAGACGAGCAGACAAGCGUGCGCCUCCUACAUAAGCGAUAAGUAAAGGACAUUGCGAACAAUAGCAAAUUCAAGGGACAAAUUCUUAAAUGUAAGGAUUUUCAAGUCAGUUAUUAGAAGCGUUUUCAAGUCAGUUCGUUAUAAGAAUUUAAUCAGUUCGGUACAAGCAUUUUAAGUCAGUUCGUUGUAGCAUUUGAUGUUAGUUGAAUUACGUGGCGCGUGAUAAAUUAAAUAAUAAGUAUGGAGAAUAAUCCGGAAAUAGCAAAACUGAAACAGAAAAAAAGGAUAGCGAAGGCUAGCUUCACGAGAGCAGAGAAUUUUUUAAGAACCGUAGAGCCGGACAGGGUUAAGGUAGACGAAGUAAAUUUAAGGUUAAAAAAGUUAGAAGAAGCUUGGAAGGCUAUUGAGGAAAGUUUAACAGAAUUAGCAAUUUUUGAAGCAUUUAGUGAAGAGCAGGUAGACCAGGAGUUGGUCGAGCAAGAGGAAAGGUAUAUAGAGUUAAGGUUAUUCGGAGAAAGAUUAGUGAGAGACCGAGUGAGACCAGCCUUCGCUGAAAAUAACCUAAACCAAGCAGUCGAUGUAUUGGAGAAUCAAAGAAUACGCAAUAAUGACAACCAGGUUAAAUUACCUAAAAUUGAAUUGCCAGUGUUUUCCGGAAAAUACGAGGAUUGGCAUUCCUUUUACAAUACGUUUCAGUCAUUAAUACAUUCUAACCAGUCUAUAAAUGAGAUUCAAAAAUUCCAUUAUUUAAUAUCUUCAGUGAAGGGCGAAGCGGCCGAAACUAUAGCAUCUUUAGAAAUAUCUGAAGCCAAUUAUAGAGACGCUUGGUUUAGGUUAAAGGAGCGUUACGACAUUGAAAGAUUCGCGGUUCAAAAUCACAUAAAGGCAAUAUUUGAGCUACCUACGCUAAAAAAGGAAAAUAGUAUAACUCUGCGCAGCAUAUUAGACGGUAUAUUGAAGCACAUUCGUGCAUUAGCGGCUUUAAAACGACCCACGAGUCAGUGGGAUGAUUUAUUAAUUUAUGUCAUAACGAGUAAAUUAGAUUACAUCACAACAAAGGAAUGGGAAAGCCACGUGGAUGCUCAACGUCUGCCUACGUUCCAAGAGUUAAUUGAAUUUUUAACCAAGCGAUGUCAGAUGUUGGAGGCUGUGGCCAGAAGGAAUCCAUCCAUGCCAAAGGUUGAUAAUUCACGCUCGGCUAGUCAAGAUCGUUUAAAGCAAGUAAAGGCGUUGAGGCUUUGCUUGAAUUGUCUAAAGGGUAAGCACAUGGCAAAGGACUGUUACGCGGGUGGCUGUAAGAAAUGCGCGAAAAAGCAUAGCACUUUGUUACACGAGGUUCGCGAAUCUUCAAAGGAGGAUAAGACUGAGAAAAAUAGUUUAUGUGUGACACAGCAAGUUAACCAAGACAAAUCAGUUGAUACUAUAAACGCGUGUUCUCAAGUAGUGGAGUCGGUAGGAGCAUAUCAGGUAUUAUUAUCUACAGCAAUAGUUAAAGUCAAGGACCACACGGGUCAUUACAAAGAAGGCAGAGCAUUGUUAGAUAGUGGCUCUCAAUCUAGUUUCAUAACGGAAGAAUUUGCUAAGGCGUUAAAAUUGAAAACCGUUGAUGAGAAAGUAAUGAUAAAAGGGAUAAACCAAAUCGCGUCAAAGUCAACCAAAACCGUAAAUUUAAAAAUAGCAUCCCGUUUUGGCACGUUCGAAAGAGAUUUAAGUUGCAUCGUACUUCCUAAAAUUACGCAAAAUCUACCUACGGUUUCAAUAAGCACGACGGCGUUAGAGAUACCAAGGAAUAUUAAGUUAGCGGAUCCUAGUUUUAAUGUAUCAAAUAAGAUAGAUUUAUUGAUUGGAGCGGAAAGUUUUUGGGAAUUAAUCUGUAUAGGGCAAAUAAAGUUAGGCGUAAAGGGCCCCAUAUUACAAAAAUCAUUAGUCGGGUGGCUAGUCACGGGACCAAUAGGCGAAGUUAAAUCUAACAAGCGAGUACAAACCCAAUGCAAUUUGAGUACAAUGGCAGCAUUAAAUGAGACCAUGAAUAAGUUUUGGGAAACAGAAAAUUAUAAGGGAAGUGUAGCGACAAAUGACGAGGAGUCAUACGUGGAAGGACAUUUUUUAGAAACGUAUAAGCGUCAACCGGACGGAAGGUUUAUUGUUCAAUUACCGAUCAAAGAAGAAGGGAUAGAAUUAUUAGAAGACUCCCGAAAAGUAGCGUUAAGGCGACUGCUAGCUUUAGAAAGGAAAUUUGAAAGGCGUCCAGAAUUUAAGACUGAAUAUGUUAAAUUCAUGCGCGAAUACGCUCAAUUAGGUCAUAUGAAGCGAAUAGAGAAUCACGAUAGCGAUAAAUUGCGGGUCUUCUUACCACAUCACGCCGUGCAAAACGAAGAUAGUAAAACCACAAAAACGCGGGUGGUGUUUGAUGCGUCUAGUCGAUACGCUAAGGGAAGGUCGUUGAACGACGCAUUAUAUAAGGGACCGGUAGUUCAAACGGACUUAUUCGAAUUAAUUGUACGCUUUAGGGCAUAUAAAUAUGUUUUGUGCGCGGACAUAAAAAAGAUGUACAGACAAAUCUUGGUGAAUAAGGAACAAACGCGUUUACAAAGUAUCCUGUGGCGGGAAGAGGUUAAUUCAGAGGUGGAGGAAUACGAGUUACUGACCUUAACGUACGGGACAAAACCUGCUUCAUUUUUAGCAACCAGAUGCCUAAAGCAAUUAGCGGAAUUAGAAAAAUCGGAUUAUCCAAGGGCCGCGGAGAUAGUCAACAGAGAUUUUUACAUGGACGAUUUAAUAACCGGCGGGAAUUCAGAAUCCGAGAUAAGAGAGCUAAAAGGGGAAGUAACGGAGUUGUUAGCGCGGGGAGGGUUUGAAUUACAUAAGUGGAAUUCGAACAUUUUAAUAAAUAAGCUAAGUCAGACUGAAGAUGAGGCUGUGAGUCUAAGCAAGGAGCAGGAAUCCAGACUGUUAGGAGUAUUGUGGAAUCCAUGCAAGGAUACAAUUUAUUAUAAGGUAUCACUAAACGAUAACGAAGCACGUGUAACAAAGAGAGCUAUGCUGGCACAAAUUUGCCGACUAUUCGAUCCAUUAGGACUUGUAGGGCCUGUCAUAGUAUCAGCUAAAUUACUCAUGCAAGAAUUAUGGAGUCUAGGCGUAGAUUGGGAUGAGUCGGUGCCAAUGCACAUACAAAAGGCGUGGGAGAAAAUAAGGUCACAACUGUGCAUGCUUAAUAGCUUAAAUAUAGUUAGAAAGGUAAUCUCAGGAGAUAAAAACUGUCAAGUAGAAAUACAUGGAUUUUGUGACGCGAGCGAGAAGGCAUAUGGAGCAUGCAUAUAUAUACGUGAACAAAACGAACGAGGGGAGGUAACAGUCUCAUUGCUAUGCGCGAAGUCGCGUGUGGCACCUAUCAAGGCGCUAUCAUUACCGAGGUUAGAGUUGUGUGGAGCCGUGUUGCUGGUAGAUUUGAUGGAAAAGAUAAUAAAAUGUCUCGACUUAAAGAUGCAAAAAAGGUUUUAUUGGACUGACUCUUCGAUAGUAAUGGCAUGGCUGGGCUCCCCGGCUAAAAAAUGGCAAGUGUUCGUAGCCAACCGUGUUAGCAAUAUUCAUGACAAAUCCUCAAUUUCUGAGUGGCGACAUGUGAGAUCCAAAGAAAAUCCCGCUGAUGUCAUAUCAAGGGGCACCAUGCCCAAGCAAUUAAUGCAGCUAAAAUUGUGGUGGGAAGGACCUCAAUGGUUAAAAGAAAAUGAAAGUUUAUGGCCUAAGGAAAGAGAGGAAUUGUCAGCUGAACAGAUACCGGAAAGAAAAAGACAAGCGGUGAUAGCGUUAGCGAAAAUAGACGAAGCAUUUAUAGAAUACCAAAGAUUUUCUUCAUUUAACAAAUUGUUGCGAGCGUUAGCAUAUGUAAUAAGGUUUAGCAGGAAUCUAAAGAGUAAAAAGGAAGAACGCGAAAGAGGGCCGAUUACGGUUAUAGAAGUUAAUAAAGCAAAGUUAGCAAUAGUCAAAUUGACACAAGAAGAAGUGUUCCAAGAAGAUUUGAGGGAGUUGAAGAGUGGCAAGAUUCACAGAAGAUCCAAGUUAGCAGCUUUACAUCCUUUCCUGGACAGCCAGGGAAUAUUAAGAGUAGGAGGAAGAUUAAGACACGCUCUGAUAGACGAAGAAAGAAAGCACCCUAUAUUACUGCCAGCAAUACAUCACGUUACAACAUUGAUCAUAGUGCAUCAUCACGAGAGACUUUUUCAUGCAGGAGCUCAAACGACAUUAAACUCAGUACGAGAAGAAUUUUGGCCGAUCUUUGCGAAGAGCCGAGUAAAAAAGGUGAUUCGUAAUUGCGUGACAUGCCGGAAGGCUAACCCUAAGCCUAGCUGGCAGCUGAUGGGCGAGCUGCCGUCAGUUCGAGUCAACAUCAACAGACCCUUCUUAUGUUCAGGAGUGGAUUACUGCGGACCAUUUCAUGUUCGAGAUCGGGUCCGGCGGAAUAGCAAAAAAUAUAAAGCAUACGUGGCCAUAUUUGUAUGUAUGACUACAAAAGCGGUGCAUAUUGAACUGGUUGAGGAUAUGACAACGGAAGCCUUCUUAGGUGCUUUAAAAAGAUUUACCGCACGAAGAGGUAAAGUUCAAGAGAUAUACUCUGACAACGGAACGAACUUCGUUGGGGCCGACCGGGCAUUGCAGCAGAUCCUGGAAGCAGAAGAAUUUAAAAACACGGUACAAGAAUUUGCAACAAGCGAAAGAAUAGAGUGGCAUUUUAUUCCACCAAGAUCGCCGCACCAAGGAGGUCUAUGGGAAGCGGCGGUGCGUUCAAUGAAGUUACAUUUAAAACGAACGCUAGGUGAUGUCUCCCUCACAGUAGGAGAAAUGUUCACUGUACUAGCUCAGGUGGAAGCUAUAUUGAAUUCGAGGCCGAUAACAGCUUUAUCCGAAGAUCCGAACGACCUAAGAGCGCUGACCCCAGGUCAUUUUUUGAUUGGGGAAAGCCCUCAAGCUUAUCCUGAAAGGAAUUUAGAGGAGGUUCCCGCAAAUCGUUUAUCCAGAUGGCAACAUGUGGAAAAAAUUCGGCAGCAAUUAUGGAAACGAUGGCAAGGCGAAUACCUAUCAACCUGUCAGCAAAGAAGUAAGUGGAACUCCGAAAGCAGUACCAAGUUUCAGGUAGGACAGUUGGUGAUGUUGAAGGAGAGUGAAAGCAUGCCGUUGAAAUGGACUCUUGCCAGAAUUACAGAAGUACAUCCAGGGGCGGAUAAAAUCGUCCGAACGGUUACUGUGCGUACCAGAAAGGGUGUAUAUAAGAGAGCAAUUGUCAACAUUUCGCCGAUAUUUGAGGACUAAACAAUGGUAGAAUUUGAAAGAUUAAUGUAUUUGUAUUUCCGUUUAUCUUAAUGUAGGUUUUCUUUAUUCCUUUAUACGUCCUAUUUGUGUGUUUGUAUCUUUACAAAUAUUUCUAUUUGUCAAGGCGGGCGGCGUGUUUGAGUUCGUGUAAAUCUAGUAAGUAGGCUGCGGUAAAAUGUCACUAGUGGUAUAAGCGUUGACUUUGUUGUUCACGGGUUGGCAGAAGUGUGUUAGGAGCGUGCGUGAGAGAGUAGUAUUAGUAGUUGAAAAAGAAUAUGGCGCCAAAGUAAGACCAUGAGCUCGCCUUGUAAAUUUCAAGCAAAUAAAGAAAGUUUAAACCGCAAUAAGGAGACGUCAUUUAAGUAACAGCAUUUUCCAAGAAACGUCGACAACCAGCGUUCACAGGAGUGAACGCGGCAGUAAAAGAGCAGCAAAAACAAUGGCUCUCACGAGUUUAUUAAUUAUAAAUAUUUGUAUGAUUUAUAUAUAUAUAUAUAUAGAAUUUUGAGGAAUGAGUUUGACUCGCUGGGAAAUUUCCAUUAAAGAAAUAUAUUUUAAUUAUGAAAGUACUUUUUUCAUUAACAAAGUACGCCAUUUAUUGACCAUUUAUGCUCUGAUAACUUUAAUUUAUUUCAGAUAAUACGUAUAUCUAAAGGACGUCGAAAAGACAUGUUGAAGACAUCUUUUAAACAUGAAUAUUAUCUGGGAUCUUUUUCAUAAAUUCAUAUUUAAUAAUAACAAUAGGAAGAAGUAAGGAAACAUUAGAUUUUCUGCUUGCUGUGUCAGCGCGCAGCAAAUUCUAGCUGAAUGGAAGACACGAGUGUGCAAAUAAUUGAGAGAGGGAACGAGUGCGUGUGCAAUAAAACGUGCAUAUAAAUACAAAAGGAGUAGAGAUAGAUAAAUACCAUUGAUAGAGAGACAGAGGUAUGCGAUAAAUGAGAGAGAUAAUGGGUUGCCGUACGGCGAGGAUGGAGGAGGAGAAUGACGAGCGCCAAAGAAAGGAGGCGGCCGGAUAGAGCAGAGAAAGAGAAGAAACGGGCGGAAGGGGGAAGCGCGGAGGAGAGAAAGAAAAAAAAAAGGAGAACGGGGCCCCGGGUAAGACGGGUAGCCCGAUGAUUUGUAUAAGGCCUCUCGUAUUCCAUCUCCCGGUCGAGCAUCUCCGUCCGUCCGUCCGGCGCGGCGGCGCGCAGGCAGCAGCGUACGGCUCCGCGCCGCCGUACAGGAAUGUGGAAGGAGGAUGCCGAGGACAGGGAUCGUUGGCACACGACGUGGUGGAGGAGGGGGCGAAAAGGUCCGUUCUCUAGCGCGGAGGGGAGAGGACGGCAGAAAAUACGCGCUCCGGCGCAGGUUCAAGGGAUAUAUAUCGCGGCGAGGUUAAAGCUGCGCGUCACAACAGGGCCUCAACGUCUCUUCUCUCUUUCUUUUUCUCUCUUUCUCUCUCUUUCUCUCUUCCUCUUUUCGUAUCCUCUUCUCUCCUCGUAUCCUUCGCGCCGUAUGUCACAUCCUGCUCCGGCGAACCGCGCCGGCCACCGCGAGCAACACCUUCUGCGCCGAGCAUCAGCGAAAGCCUUUGAUUUCGUUAGAGGAGAAACCUGCUUUCCGCUCCUUCGUUCUUUCUUUUUUUUUUUCAUUCCCUUUUUUGCAACGCUUUUUUCUAUCCCGCUCCAUCGGAGUUGGCCGAUCUUAGUUGCAAUUACUCUUUGAUUCCGAUUCGAGAAAUCUUUGUAUCUCUUUUCCUCCCUUUAUUAUUUUCUCUUAAUUAAUCGGUUAAGUUUUUCCCUAUUUUUCUCAUUCUCUUUUCUCGCCUUCCAAUUUUUAUUUGUCAAAAUUACGUUUCGUUCUUUAUAAUGGAGAGUCUUGAGUAUAAAUUCGAUAGGCCAGAAUUGGCACACGUUUGCAAGAUUCCUUGCAAGAGACCUCUUGUCUCUGAUUUGGCACGUUUAAAAGUACGCGUUUGAUGUAGAACGAAGACCAAAUCCGUGGAAGCUAAUAAGAGUGCGAGGUAGAAGAGAGCAGCUCAGAUCUCCCUUUUCUUCAGCGGGAUGAUCAAGGCAAUCAGAGAUGAUUACGAGUGUAAUUAUGGUUAUAGCACAUCGCCACACCAUACUGCAGUGAAAA